AACAGAAGAUAACGAAAAACACCAAAAAAAAAAAAUAGUUUCCAUAUUUCCUAAACACCAGAAAACGCAGAACAUAAACAUAGAUUAAACAUAUGGCCUCCAUUGUCCUAUAUCUCAACAAUUCGGCAAAAGACAUAACAUUUCCCCUGCUUGAAGACCGGUUUCAGUUCCUGAAUCCGAAUACUAGCUCCGACUCAUCGUUUUCAAGUCUUGCCGGGACAGUUCGGAUCCUGCUUUGUGUGGCAAAUUCACCGGUUAACUCCGAAACUUUGGAUAAGUAUCCAUCCCUGGAGUGUGUUGUGGGCUCGACCACCGGCCUUAACCAUAUAGACCUCGCCGAGUGUCGCCGCCGGGGGAUAAGGGUCACCAAUGCCGGUGAUGCUUUUGCUGAUGACGCAGCGGACUAUGCGGUUGGGCUGUUAAUUGACACUCUUCGUCGAAUCUCGGCGGCUGACAGGUUUGUCCGGGCCGGGUCUUGGGCUGUCAAGGGACUGUUCCCGUUAAGCUACAAGGUAUGGGGUAAGAGAGUGGGAAUCGCUGGAAUGGGGAGCAUAGGCAGGAGAAUCAGCAAGAGGCUUCAAGCCUUCGGGUGCAGCAUUGCAUACAACUCUAGGAAGCCAAAAGCCAAUAUUUCUUUCCCAUUCUACGCAAGCGUUCAGGAACUGGCUUCCAACGUUGAUAUUCUAGUGGUUUGUUUGGCAUUGACAAAUGAGACUCGCCACAUAAUUACCAGAGACGUGAUGAAAGCCCUGGGAAAGGAAGGGAUCAUCGUUAACAUUGGCCGCGGAUCUCUCAUUGACGAGAAGGAAAUGGUUAAAUUGUUGGUGAAGGGUGAAAUUGGAGGAGCGGGUCUUGAUGUGUUCGAGAACGAGCCUGUGGUGCCUCAGGAGCUAUAUGCAUUGGGCAAUGUUGUAUUGUCUCCACAUAGAGGCGGUGCAGUCCCAGAAUCGUUAUUACGGUUACAGGAGAUCAUGAUAGCCAAUAUCGAAGCUUUCUUUGCAAAUAAGCCUUUGCUUUCAGAGAUUGAGCUGGAAUGAUUAUCUUGGAUUCUUUCCUUCCUAGGACUCCAUUGUAUCUCGUCUGUGUUACGAGAAUCUGAUACUCCUAUGCAACUAAAGAACUUUGCGUCUGGUUAAAGAAUAAGUGCGUUUGAUAAAACUGAAGUUUGAAUUCAUUAAA